GCUGUUCUUAAAUAUAAACUGCUUGAAAUGGGGCCGAUUACAUGCCAACCUGCGCUUGCACAAUACAACUCCAGGGGCAAAAAAAGUUUUCGCAUGCUGACGUAUGUCAGUUCCUGUUUUGCAAUGUGAGACUCGUCACGUCACGAGAACUAGUUUGUUUGCUAACACUGCGUUUUGGGCAAUGACUGCGGUCUUUAAGAACUAUCGGAAAGCUUUGUUUUCAAGCUCAUUUCGCUAGGGCUUGCUGCAGUGAGUUGACGUUAUGGACUUCAUACUAUCUGUUACGGGCAGCGGUGCGAGAGUUGUUAGGGAGGCAAUUGGACAGAGGCUCUGGCCUGGACCCGGACAGGAGACAAUCCAAUAUCCACAGCCCUGUGGUACGACAUUAAAGGUUAAUGACAGUGUCGACUCCCACACAGAUACCGGCCAGAAGAAGACUCCAGAAAAGAAGGAUGGGAGGCGCAUGUCGUUCCAGAGACCCAAAGGGACUAUUGAAUAUUCUGUGGAAUCACGGGACACGUUGAACAGCAUUGCGCUCAAGUUUGACACCACGCCCAACGAGCUGGUUCAGCUUAACAAGCUGUUCUCCAGAGCAGUGGUGCCUGGCCAGGUUCUCUAUGUUCCUGAUCCCGAGUACGCCUCCAGUGUCGGAAGUUCCCCUUCCCUCAGUCCCAUCAGCCCACUGUCUCCCACCUGCUCAGAGGCUGAUUUAGAGAAAGUAACGGACUCAGAUGCCCAGUACAGACCAGAAGGUUUUAACCCUCCAGUGUUCUCCAGUCUGCGCCAGUCCAGAGUGGUCUCAUCCACCUCGGAGGAAGAAGAGGCCCUUACAGAGAAGUUCCUCAAAAUAAACUGCAAAUACAUCACUGAGGACAAGGGUGCAGUAAGUGGAGUGUUGCUGGUGACACCAAACAACAUCAUGUUUGACCCUCACCGGAUGGACCCACUGGUUCAGGCCCAUGGGUGCGAGGAGUAUGGUAUUAUGUGUCCUCUGGAGGAAGUACAGUCUGCAGCCAUCUACAAGGAGAUCACUGAGCCCAAGAUCAGAGAGGCUUUGCCUGAUGAUCUGGAGCCUCUUCCUGCUGAAAGACAUCCCUCCCAGCAGAGGGACCCAGAUCUGCACCUUAGGGAGCCAGGUGCACAUGACAGCGGCAGUGCCGUCCCUCGCAGCACAGAAGGUUCCAUUUCAGAAGAUGUUUUCACUGAGCCAGAGCUGUCCCCCAUCCGGGAGGAGGAGCAAGCAUCUAAUGAGGACCUACACCUUGAUAAGGCUUCUGCUGCUUCCACAGUGUCUGUGAAAACUGUCACCCAGAUGGAGAUCAUCAGUGAUACCUCCCAGGCCCCAGGCAGCACACACAGUUCCACCAGCCAGUUGGAGGAGCUUGCAACGGCAAAAAGAGCAGAUAAUCCACCAGACACUGACACAAAACACAAUAGCCAGUCCCCCAUGGGAUCCAAGCAACACAGCGUAGAGCCACCAAGCACACUAACUACCACAAGUAGCAGCGUUAGCCCGGCCCAGGGUACUAGCAGCACCUCACGCAAUGGUUCCAGAAGCUUAGCCAACCCCACCACAGAUGCCACUUCUGUUUUAGCCAGUCCACAGGAAGAUGCCAGUGAUGGGACAGACAUCUCGAAAACAGACUCUAUGCAAAAAGACAAGGAGGAAAUAAAAGAUGAAGAGCAGUCGGAAAAGGAAGGCAUGCUGAACUCGGCAGACGGUACGGAGAGCCGGAAGCACCCCUCCCAUAAGUUCCUAUGUCUGAGGGUGGGAAAGCCCAUGAAGAAGACGUUUGUUUCUAAUGCAAGCGCCUCCAUGCAGCAAUAUGCCCAACAGGGAAAGAAACAUGACUACUGGUUUGCUGUGCCACAUGAAAGGUCAGAUCACCUUUACCUGUUCUUUAUGCAGUGGAGCCCAGACAUGUAUGGUGAGGGUGUCAGGGGCAUGGGACAAGACCCUGGAUUUAUGGUUGUCAAGAAGAAUGAGGAAUCAGAAACAUGUGAUGAGUCCAUCACUGACCUCAGUAAUAAGGAAUGGGAGGUAGUGUCUCUGACGGAGUACCACCGUCGGAUUGAUGCACUUAACAGUGAAGAUCUGCGCUCACUCUGCAAACGACUCCAGAUCACCACUAAGGAAGAGGUAAACUCCAAGCAUGGCACAUCCGUCAAGACAGAGCUGGAGCCAGAAACAUUCAAACCCAACCUCAGAGAACCAAGUGAUCUCUUGGAAGCUGACCAGAUAGAAAAGCUGGCAAGGAAUCUCCCACCCCGGACCAUUGGAUAUCCAUGGACUCUAGCUUUCGGUACAUCCAAGCAUGGCAUGAGCAUUAAAACACUUUACAGAGCCAUGCAGGGCCAGGACACCCCAGUUCUCAUGGUUAUCAAGGACAGUGAUGGCCAGGUGUUUGGAGCAUUAGCAUCUGAGCCCUUUAAAAUCAGCGAUGGCUUUUAUGGCACAGGAGAGACCUUCCUUUUCACAUUCAAUCCGGAGUUCGAGGUGUACAAAUGGACAGGUGACAACAUGUUUUUCAUCAAAGGAGAUAUGGACUCCUUAGCUUUUGGUGGUGGAAGUGGGGAGUUUGGCCUGUGGCUGGAUGGAGACCUCUACCAUGGCAGGAGUCACUCCUGUAAAACGUUUGGGAACCCCAUGCUCUCAAAAAAGGAGGAUUUCUAUGUACAAGACAUAGAGAUCUGGGCUUUUGAAUAACAAAACAAUGCACCACAGGGGAUAAUAACAUGUCCUGCAAAGGGUUCUUUUAGAACAAUGGCAAUGCCCCAAACUUCACAUAACUGCACAUAACCAGGGCUCCUCAGGCCAGAAGCCAGCUAUCGGAUGCUUGUUGUGCAUUACUACUACAGUUAUUAUGGAGCUUUUUCUCUUUGUGAAAAAUGUCCUUUGUGUGUAUCUUGUUACAGCCUUGUGCAUUGUUUUUUGCAAAGUAGGGGAAGAGGUAAUACAAUGAUGGAUAGUUGGAGUUAUAACAGAAAGAUGAAGCAAGCAAGGACAAUCGGGCCUUGAUGAUGAAAGGCCCAUGAGAGAUCAUUUACCUGAGAGCUUGUGGAGAUAACGUCGCCUGUGGUUGGGUCUGCUACAAGAAGACCUACCCUACAGGCCCAGAUUAUUUAUCUGAACUUUACAGAACCUCAAGGUCCCUGGCAAACUCACAAGCCCCCUUAGAACUUUAUUCAUUUGGUUGGAUGUUAUUUAAUGUGCUGUUAGCCUUGGCUGAUGGAAACCCAGGUAGAGAAAAAGAAAAGGAAACUAAACACAUUCCAUUCUUCGUGAUGUGUCAAAACAAAUUGGGGGUUGUGGUAAACACCAAUAUACCAAACUCUGUAGCUGCUGAAUACAAUGACAGAACUCAGAGAAAAGUAACUAUUUCCUGGGAUAGUUGAUCUUUUUACAGUACCAUUUUGGGUUGUCUUCUGAUGCUAAACUAUUGAGUAUUGUGAUUUGUAGCCCUCUUGUUGUACACUGUCAACUGUCAUAGCACACCAUCUGAAAGCACAUACAGUAGCUAUAAUCAGUUUACCCAUUGUUGUAAUGUUCUGUUCACUGGGUGUAUGUGUGAGUCCAGCUAAUACCAGCUCCCCUCGCUGGAUGCUGGUUAUACUGUUUUGUAGACAGUAACGUGUUGCAAUAGAUUUGUGGAAUAUGCAAAUAACUGUCCUGUGACCUCAAAUACCUGCAGGUCAUGGCACUUUUGCCACUGCUUGGCAUUCUUUUGAAAGACAAAAUUGUAAAGCUUUUAUGUCUUAAUACAAAAUUGCUUUCCCUGGUAUCAGUUGAAGAGCCUGAGGCAUUGUGAACAGUUUAACAUGCUUAUAAGAUAAUUAAAUAUUGGUAUAUAUGAUUGUAUAUAUAUAUAUAUAAUCAUAUAUAUUUUGCUGUUAAGUGUGACAGUAAUCUGUAUGUGCUGAUAUUUCAGCUGCUAAAACAUAAUGUAUAGUACCCUGUAAAUUAAUGUUAAAUAUUAGAUUUGUCCACCCCCCCAAACACACAUAUAUACAUGUCAUUAUAUAAAUAUAUAUUUCAUUAUAUCAAUAUAUAUAUAAUGCUAUAUAAAUAUAUAUAUCUAAAUAUAUAUAUGUAAUUUUAAUAGUGUGGAUUGGUUUGCUUCUAGCACUUUAAUCUGGUGUGUAAAAGUGUUAAGGCCAGGUUCUGAUAUUCUAUUAGCAGUAGCUGUACAGUAUUUUUUUGGGUCAGAUCAUCAAGAAGGCAACUGUUGGUAGACAAGUUGAUGCUACCAAUAUCAAUAAGGGUAACCACUAAUGCUAUGUGUGUAAAAAAGAGAAUUACUUAAGGUAGGAAGGGGGGAUGAAAUGUGGCUAAACAUGGCAUCAGGGCUCUGUUUCUCAAGUGAGUCGCAUUCGUAAAGGUUGGUGAACAGAGUGACUGACGUCUGACAGGUGGGCUGGGAGACAUGUAUGUAUGUAACCCUCCCUUUAGAAGCUUUCUUCCCCCCCUUUCUGGUCUUCCACACCAGUAUUUGUAUCCUUGUGGAGAGUCACAAAAAGUAAUAUGGAUAUUUCUUCCAACUAGUUCACCAGAAUAAAAUGUAUCAGUGAUGUUUAAAUAACAAUAAAGCUGAGUAAAAUGUUGUAA